AUGCGCGGCGUCACCACGGCUCGCGCGCUCGGAGGCGUCAUCCUCCCUCACCCCAGCCCGUCGCUGGAGGUCUCCAUUGGCCGCGGACGACGGGCUAUCUUGAGCUUCGCAUGGCAGCGGACAAGAUUUCAGGGCCUUGAAGCCACAAUCAACCACGCCGCUGGCUUGGGCGCCGCGUUGGAAAAUCACGCGAAGCGCGGAUCGGAGCAGAAUGCGACCCUGUAUGCGUACGGGGCCAACGCUUCAGCCUGGUUUAUUGCGUAUGGACUGAGCGACGGACUGCUCUACGUGGCCGAGAAUCCGGAUGACACGGACGCCAACCUCGCCCCGAUGUCCUGGGACCUCCCUUCGAUCACUGACGAGUGCUGGAUUGUGAAUAGAACAUUUGUGAAUAGCACAGCACCCAAGGCGGGAUCACUGUAUAUCCGCCUGGACGAUGGUAACGCCAUAGGGGUGCUGCCGUAUGCCCGGGCCACCACCAUCAACGGCGUUGUGACGGGUUUCGCGCUGUUUGCGACGCAGCUGGUCGUGACAUAG